UUUUAUUCAAUUUUUAAUAGUGUUAAAGUUUGAUAUAUUGAAUUAAUGGAACUGAAAAAUAUUAUAGAAAGAGAAUAAUGGUUGUUAUGUGUGUGUAAAAGUGAUUUUUAGGUAACCGGAAAGUGAGACAAAAGAAUUAUUUUUGAUUUGAGAACUGGAAGACUUAAGUAAAUUGAAGCUAUAAUACACAGUGUACUUAAAUAAAGUGAUAUUUUUAAAAUAAUAUAUUAGAAAGUGCCAAAAAGUAAUAUAAGAAUCAACAAUGGAUCCAGGCUAUUUUGAUACAGAGAAGAAAAGAAAUCCCAGGGAGACGGCCACUAUUUUUACCAAGAUGUGUUUUCUGUACACUUGGCCCAUAUUUCUGAAAGGUCGCAAAGGCCAGCUCAGCAUAUCGGAUGCAUAUAGAUGUAUAGCAGAUCAUCGAGCAACACCGCGUGGCGAUGUUAUGUAUGAGAAAUGGGCCAAAGAACUAAAUAAAGCAGACAAAGUAAACAAGCCGUCGUUGCUACGGACGAUACUUAAAACCCAUGGGUUGCGGUUUUUCUUGCUCAACAUUAUAUUCGCAUGUUUCGAGAGUGGCACCAGAUUAUUAAUACCAGUGUGCUUGGAAGGUUUAAUACGAUACUUCUCACCGUCUCACUCUGGCGUUACAGACAGACAAGCCUAUAUGUACGCGGCCGGUGUAGUAGGUUUAAUGGCUAUUAACGCUGCAAUGUUGCACCCUAUGUUGCUGUGGUUAUUAGAGCUGGCAUUGAAAAUCAGGAUUGGGUGUUCAUCGCUAAUAUACAGAAAGCUUCUUCGACUGGACCUGACGGUCGGUGGCAAGGCGUCCGAGGGUCUGGCAGGUCACGUGAUCAACCUGCUGACCACAGACGCCCAGAGGUUCGACAUGGCCUCGCUGUUCAUGGUAGAUCUGGUGAAGACGCCAAUAGAGAGUACCCUGAUUAUCUACCUCAUGUACCGGCAGAUUGGGGUCUCUGCGCUUAUAGGCGUGGCGUUUCUUUUGAUGUUUAUUCCGUUUCAAGCGUACCUCAGCAAGGUGUCGAGCAAGCUCCGCAGGCAGACAGCCAUCCGGACAGACAACCGGAUUAGACUGAUGAAUGAGGUGAUACAGAGCAUCGAGGCGAUCAAGAUGUACGCGUGGGAGGAUGCCUUCGCCGGGAUCAUAGGGAAGGCCAGAAGAAAAGAAAUGAACGUAAUAAAGAAGAUGUCCUGGCUGCGCGCUGUCAUGAUCUCCUGCGUGAAGCUGAACACGAAAGUGGCAAUAUUCCUAAGCAUAAUAUCGUAUCUGUCAUUCAACAACGAUUUAACAGCGGCCAAAGUGUUCGUUAUAUUCACAUAUUACGAAAUGCUAAAGUUCACCCUCGUAGACUUUCUACCGCUCGGGAUCACGUUCACGUUGGAGGCGUACGUGAGUGUGAAGAGGAUGCAAGAGUUCCUCUUACUCACCGAGAUCGAUAAUAAAGAUGGCGUCGAUUUGGUGACGAUCGAUAAGGUGCAAGCCAACGGUGUGUUCGAGAAGAUUGGGAAUGGUCAACAAGCGUACAUACGAUCAGACAGUACGCUGGAGCAACCGAAGCCUCAAUACAUGGUCAGUAUUAAGGACUACACCGCACACUGGAGGAACGUGGAUGAAGAAGGUCAGGAUAAAGUGGUGGACAGGAAGGUAGCCGCGCUCACUGAUAUUAAUUUAAACAUAAAACCGGAAUCCCUAACAACGAUAGUGGGGACAGUAGGGUCGGGUAAAUCGACACUACUGCACGCGAUACUCCGCGAGCUGACGCCUACUGCGGGACACCUGCAGGUCAACGGUGUCGUGGCAUACGCCUCACAGGAGCCCUGGCUCUUCGAGGCUUCGGUGCGUCAAAAUAUUCUAUUCGGUCAAGACAUGGAUCUGCGCAGAUACAAACAAGUGAUCAAGUGUUGCCAGUUGAAGACUGAUUUGGAGAUAUUGUCGCACGGCGACAAAACCAUCGUUGGGGAAAGAGGCACGUCGUUGUCCGGUGGACAGAGGGCGCGGAUAUCGCUGGCCCGAUGUGUCUACCAGAACGCGGAUGUUUAUCUACUGGACGAUACGCUAGCAGCAGUGGAUGCGAAGGUGGCGCAAGCGAUCUACGAGGACUGCAUCCGAGGAUACCUGCGAGACCGCGCGGUGGUGCUGGUGACGCACCACGUGCAGUUCGCGCGCCACGCUAGCCACGUGGCCGUUAUGAGGGAAGGCCGGAUAGUUGCCCAAGGCACCUACCAAGAACUCAAGAAUGGUGUGCCGGAAUUCGAGGCGCUGAUAGAAAUGGGAGAGAAGGUCGGAGAAGAAAAACAGAAGCAAAAAGCUGUCGCCUACGAAACGCAAGAGUCUGUGGAACACAAUUACAUGUUACGCUCGCAGAGGUCGAUGUCGGAAGCUUCACAACUCUCGUUCAAUUUGGAUCUGGAGAACAAUUUGGACCCUAAAUACGAAGGCGAAAGUCAAAAGAAAGGUUCCGUGGACAGCGGCGUGUAUAUGUCGUACAUAAGGAGCGGAGGCAACAAAUGUACAAUGCUACUGUUGUUCGGAUUGUUCAUACUCGCGCAAAUGUUCUAUUCCUCUACGGACGUGUGGCUGAAGGAAUGGGUUAAUCUAGAAGAAGCUAAUAGUGCUGCAAUGAGAAAAUUAAGAAAUCAAAGUCUAACAACCGAUGGUUUUAACUAUACCAGUCCCAAUGGCAACACACUUAAUGUAACUAGUCAAUUUGGCGAAAUUGUGAAUCAAAAUGCAGCUAUAAACCAAACCACCGACUUAAAUAAUGCCGACAAUCAGGACAGUUUAUUGAACAACGUCAUAAAGGAAAAUAUUACAGCCAUUCAAAAUGUGACCUUCCAAGACCUGCCAAACAACCACUUCCACUUGACCCGCGAGCAGUGCGUCUACGUGUACGCUUCACUGAUCCUGGUCUGCAUCUUCCUCACCUGGAACAAGCUGGUCAUCUUCUACAACACCUGCAUCCGGGCCUCCGUCACUCUCCACGACUCUAUGUUCAGGGGUGUAACGAACGCGCCAAUGUGGUUCUUCCAUCACAACCCGUCCGGCCGAAUACUGAAUCGGUUCUCGAAGGAUAUGGGCCAAGUCGAUACACUGCUGCCUGUCGCCCUGGUCGACUGUCUUGGUUUCCUGUUCGAAGUGCUGUCGAUUCUGGUGGUGGUGUGCCUGGUGAACUGGUGGUUGCUGGUGCCCACGGCUGUGAUGGCGGUGCUGCUGUUUCUCCUCCGAGGGUUGUUCUUGUGCACGAGCAGGGAGUUGAAGCGGAUUGAAGCUAUCGCCCGCAGUCAGUCUCUCAACCACGCGGCGGCCACAGUCUCCGGUCUGACCACGAUCCGUUCAGCUCGGGAGCAGCAGCGGACCCUGGCGCGAGAGUUCGACAAGCUCCAAGACUUGCACUCGUCAGUGUGGACCCUCGUGCUCACCACCAACAGGGCGUUCGCGUGGUGGAUGGACAUGACCUGCUGUCUCUACCUUGCGUUCGUCACCUUCAGCUUUUUCCUGUUCACCGGUGAUGACUCUCUAGGCGGCAACGUGGGCUUGGCUGUCACGCAAGUGAUAGGACUUGUCGGCAUGUGUCAAUAUGGGAUGCGACAAACCGCCGAAGUGGAGAACCAGAUGACCUCUGUAGAGAGGAUCCUGGAGUACCAGAACUUGCCGCCAGAGAGUCCGGUGGAUGUGAACCAGAAGGCCCUAAGGGCCAACCAUCCCGACUUGGAUUUCGACAAAUGGCCCAGUAAAGGGGAGAUAGUCUUCGAUAACGUGAGCCUUCAAUACGAGCGUCCACCAAAGAGAGAUGAACAAGUGAAGUCAGGCGAGAAACCUGACGAGCCUGUGUAUGCUAUAAAAGGUGUGAGCUUCACCAUCCAUCCAGCAGAGAAGGUCGCUGUGGUGGGAAGAACUGGUGCUGGGAAGAGCUCGCUUAUCAACGCUCUGUUUGGGCUGUGCCCCACGGAGGGGGCGGUGCUUGUGGACGGGGUGUGCGCGGGGGAGGCGGGGCUGCGGGCGUGGCGCGCGCGGCUGGCGGCGCUGCCGCAGCGGCCCGCGCUGUUCGCCGGAGCCCUGCGCGACAACCUCGACCCGCGCCGGCACUACUCCGACGCGCAGCUGCUCGACGCGCUCGACCAGGUGGAGCUGCGGUCGCUGGUGUCGCGGCUGGCGGGCGGGCUGAGCAGCCGCGUGGGGGACGGCGGCGGAGCGCUGUCGGGCGGCCAGCGGCAGCUCGUGUGCCUGGCGCGCGCCGCACUCGCCCGCGCCACGGUCCUCGUGCUGGACGAGGCCACCGCCAGCGUCGACCCCGAAACUGAUAAACACAUUCAAAAAACAAUACGCACAAAGUUCGCCAACUCGACGGUGCUGACCAUCGCUCAUCGUCUCCACACUGUUAUGGACUACGAUAGGAUCAUAGUGAUGGACAAAGGGCGUGUAGUUGAAACGGGACAUCCGUAUAGUAAAUUGACUCAGAAUAAUCGAGCGCGCGGCCCAAGCGAAAUGGUUUUGACCAAAAGUCAGGCCCCACUGGCGAUACCUGAGAACUUUGCGUUCGAUCAGCGGUCGGAACACGAAGAUGCUGGCCCUCCUGUUGUUAGGAACCGGCUGAGGACCUACUCCAAUAGAUCUGAAGUCAGUGAUCAAGACAGUGUGGGUAUUUUCAAGACGUUAGUGGAACAAACUGGUAAAGAGACGGCUGCUAUGCUGUACAAGAUGGCCGAAGAGAGCUACAAAAAACAACAGCAAAAGAAGGACCUGUGAAGAGAUUAUGAAGCCAAUGUUGCCUUCGUUUUAUAUUCGAAUUAUUUUUACUGAUCAGUAUUUUAUAUUUAUUAAUAUUAAUUUAUAUUUGUUUUACAAACGAUCAAAGAUAUGUUACUUUGUAUACAGUUUAAUAGAUAAUUUGUUUUUUUUUAAACCAUGGAUCUCUAUGUAUAGUGAAAUAGAUACAAAUUAUUUUGUAGUAAAAUUUAUUUCUUUUUUUUUAUUUUAAAGAAAGUUUAUUUUACAGUGUAUAAUAAUUAGUGAAGAUAUUUAACAAUUUCCCGCCAAAAGUUCUGUCAUGUAGAAAUGUUAUUUCUAUAGGCUAUUUCUGUAUGAAAAAGUGGUAUUAUUUCUAUUAUUAUUAAUUUUAUAUGCAAGCAUGCGGAGAAAUGGAGUUUAAUGUAAUUCAAAUGUAUUAUUGUACAUUAUUUUAUGUGACAUCACAUGAAUGAAAAAUUUAUUAAGUAUUUCAAUUGUAAUGUUCGACUCACUCGAAUUGUAUCUUUAUUCUGUACUUACUAAGGUGCUAUUUGUCAAUUUCGUACUUAUUAUUAAAUUUAUGCAAAAAAAUUGAUGUAAUAAUUACUGCAAAUUCAAAUUAUAAUGUCAUUUAUUC